UUUGCGCAUGUCCGACCCCGCCGCAUCAAAGCUCGCCCGCGAAGAGGGCAACGCGCACUUCCGGCGGGGCCGCUGGGCCGACGCGGCCGCAGCAUACGGGCGCGCGAUCGCAGCGGACGAAAACGACGCGCUGCCGCGCGCGAACCGCGCCAUGGCGUGGCUGAAGCUCGAGCGAUACGCCGCCGCGGCCGCGGACGCAACCGCCGCGCUCUCGAUCGACCCGGCCCACCUGAAAGCGCGGUACCGGCGCGCACUGGCCCGGCGGGGGCUGGGCGACCUCGACGGCGCCGUGGCGGACCUCAGCGCGGUGCUUGCGCGCGGGGACAACCCGGCGGCGCGGGAGGAGCUGGGCGAGAUCCACGCCGAGAUCGUGCGGGCGGGGCGGGCGCAAGCGGCGGGGAGGGUCAAGGCGGAGGCGGAGGCUGAGGCGGGAGCUGAGGCGAGAGAAGUGGAGGCGGACAAGGUUCGGGUGGAGGACGCGGCUCGGGAGGACGCGGCUCGGGCGGAGCACAAGCCUGAGGCGGAGCACGAGCCUGAGGCGGAGCACAAGCCCGCCGAGGACAAGGCGGAGGCUCGAGCGAGUCCAGCGCCCCGAGCGGCGUCUGCGGCGAGCUUCGCGGCGCUGCGCGGGAAACGCGACGCGCGCCCGGCGUACGCUUUGCAGGCGGGCCUAACGGCCGUAUCCACGAAGAUGACGCCAAGGGGACAGUCCGCGCAGUCGCAGUCCGCGCCGGCCGGACCGACCUCCGUAUCUCCCUCCUCGGCCUCGGCCCCGCCUCCCGCCGCGACACCUCCGCCCGCCUCGGCCCCGCCUCCCGCCGCGACACCGCCGCCCUCGGCCUCGCCCCCCUCAGCGCCCUCCACCUCCCCUCUGCCACCAAAUCCCACCUCGACCGCCCCCGGCGCCGGCCUCGCCCUCCUGCGCGCGCUCCGCCCCCUCUCCCCAUCGCAGCGAUACGCCUAUCUCCGCGCAUACCCCGCGGGGGUCGUGCCCCGCAUCCUCGCACCGACACUCGACCCCGAGGCGCUGGGGAUGGUGCUGGGCGCGUUGUGUGCGGGCUCGAGUGGCGUGGGCGCGGGUGCGGACGGAGGAGGAGGGGAAGCAAAGUGGAUCUACGAGAUCAUGGCGGGCCUGCGCCGCACCCCGCGCUGGCAGAUCAACGCGGCGAUGUUGAGCCGCGCCGAGCGGGCGGAGGGCGAGCGCGCGUGGGCGGCCGUGGGCGAGGGUGCGUAUUGGUAGAUCGCAGAUCGUGGUCGUAGAUCGUGGAUUGUAGAUCGAUGGAGUGGGG